AUGUCUGCAUCACCAGCCAAGCCCGAUGUGCUGCUCGGCACUACCGAGCAUUUGAUGCCUGUGGAGACCAUGAAGGCAGUCAUAUGGCUCGGGUUUGCCCUCUGCUUCCUCGGGUUCUGUGCUCGUUCCUACAUCCGAUGGGUCUGCUUCCGCAAGUUGCUCCCCGAAGACUGGGUAAUGAUGGUUGCGUUGGGUCUCCAGCUUGCCGCAGCCAUCGUUGCCCAACUACGGCUAUCCUACGUCUACGAGCUGGAGGAUGUCUCGAACCAGAUCAUCCCGAUGCCGGAUACUUUUAUAGAUGAUGUGCCCAAGGCCCUACACGGGAUCUUCAUCCAAGGCAUUCUCAGCAUUACGGGUGUGCAUCUCGUCAAACUCAGCUUUCUGCUGUUCUUCUACCGCCUCGGUUCUUCGAUCACACAGUACCGCAUCUUUUGGUGGUGUGUGGCGUUUGUCACAUUGGCCUCGUACGCCAUCAGCAUCGCGCUGAUCGAGUAUAAGUGCAUGCUGAGCGACCUUCAAGUCAUCUUUUUCGAGUGCACAGCCAACGGCGAGACAGCACGCCAGUGGACGUACAUGGUAGCCUACUGCACGAUCGAUGCAGCCUCUGAUGUUUUGAUCGUCUGUCUCCCUAUCGCCAUCCUCUGGCAAGUCCGCCUCUCAAUGCGCAAAAAGCUCAUCCUCACUGGCAUCUUCUCCCUGACCCUCUUCACCGUGGCCGUGACCAUCAUCCGCGGCACCAUCAACGUUGGCCGCGUGGCCACUGACGGCUCACAAACCCAAAACAUCGCCUGGGCCUGGUUCUGGCUCUCCAUCGAGUUCAUCACCGCCUACCUCACUUCUUGUCUUGUCUCCUUCCGCAUGUUGUUUGUCCACAACGAGAAGGAGAAGCGCAAGCACAAUGGGGAGGAUGGUGUGGAGAAGGGUCUGGGCAACGGCAACAACAACAACGGGCUGCCGUCUCCGCCGGCGAGGAAACGCAGGAGUAUUUUCCAUCUAGAGUCGCUGCUGGAUACCUUCCAUGACUGGGAGGGUACAACGCGCGCGGGGAGUGAUCGGGCCUUUUUGAACGAUGCACUCCCUUCGGGUAGGAUGAGCGUUGAUUUUAUGCAGUAUGAUUCCAGCGAUCUUGUUGAUGGGGUGUACCGCAGUCCGCAUAGCCAGAAUCAGAACGAGGCUGAUGAUCAUCAUCAUAACCCCCCACCCUACUGGGGCGCCUCGGAGCACACUCGCAAUGGAAGUGAGGCGACGGCAGUCGCCGCUGUUGAUGGUGGUGGUGAGGAUGAGAGACCGGAUUCGGCCAAACCGCUGGCCGAGCAUCAGGUACAUGAGGUGGAACCGGUGGUUGUGCAUCCAAGACAAUCGAGGAGGGGACGGGUGUUUGAUGCGGUGCCUGGGCGAGGAACUUGGGGAGGACAGGGCUGGGAUACGACGAAGAGAGGGAGUAUGGGGUUUCAGUUUGGUUUUGAUCAUCGAGGUGGUGGUCGUUAA